AUGCCGUCCACUGAUGCAACCAUUAUCAACGAGGAGGAAUGGGUCUUGGGAGAGGAGCUUUGCACCUUCUCCUGUCUUCCCAUGGCCAUGAAAGCUGCAAUAGAGCUUGAUGUGCUACAAAUCAUAGCCAAUGCAGGUGAUGGCCAUCAAAUUUCCCCUACCCAGAUUAUAGCCCAAAUUCCAAAUGUAACAAACCCAGAAGCAGCAAUUACUCUAGAUAGGAUUCUGAGAGUCCUAGCAAGUCAUUCUCUCCUCAGCUGCUCUGUAACCAUAGGCCAGAAUGGCAAACCAGAGAGACUUUAUGGUCUCACUCCUCUUUGCAAAUACCUUGUGCCCAACAAGAAUGGUCUGUCCUUUGCACCACUGGCUCUGAUGAACCAGGAUAAGGUGUUUAUGGACACUUGGUUUUAUCUCAAGGAUGCUGUUCUUGAUGGAAGCCAGCCAUUCAUCAAAGCUCAUGGUGUGAAUACUUUUGAGUACCCUGCCAAGGACCAGAGAUUCAAUAUGAUAUUUAACAAGGCCAUGGCUGACCACUCUGCAAUGAUGAUGGAGAGGAUUCUGGAUUCCUAUCAUGGCUUCAAGGAUUUGGAGGAGCUGCUUGAUGUGGGAGGUGGAGUUGGGUCUACUCUCAAUCUUAUAGUUUCCAAGUACCCCCAUAUAAGGGGAGUGAAUUUUGAUCAGCCUCAUGUUGUGGCAGCUGCUCCUCAGUUUCCAGGAGUGAAACAUGUCGGGGGAGACAUGUUUGAGAGCAUACCAUACAGCAAAGCUAUUCUUAUGAAGUGGAUUUUGCACAAUUGGAGUGAUGAUCAUUGUAUAAAGCUUCUCAAAAAUUGUCACGAGGCAUUAUCAGAGAAAGGGAAGUUGAUUGUAAUGGAUUUCAUCCUACCAGUAGCUAUAGACAACUCUGCCUCUACUAAGCAAGCACUAUAUGCAGAUCUCUGCAUGUUAGCAUACAUUCCAAGGGCAAAAGAAAGGACUAAGGAGGAAUUCAACAACCUUGCAAAACUAGCAGGAUAUGGGGGAGGUAUCAAGCCUAUUUGUUGUGUCAAUGGAUUAUGGGUCAUUGAGUUCCUUAAAUGACUUUUAUAGUUAAGUAUUUAUCAUAUUUGCAUAAACAUAAU